GAUCAUGUCAAGUAGACUGGUGUACUUCGGUAACGUUAUCUCCAGAACAGACGCCCUAGCAAAAGCCAAUGUUAUCAGGGAACCUAAGUGGCUGAAAGCAUGUCUGAAGUUCCCUCCUCUGUCAGAACCAGUGAACCCAGUGUUACCUGAUUGGGAGAACACGGAACAGACUAAGACUCACCGUGUAGGAAACAUGACCAGACUCGACGGACACAGGUUCGACCCAAAGAAGCCUACAGAGUUCCCACGUGACCAGCAACUAACCCACCCUGACCAGCCUUACCAUAUCUACUAUUCUAGAGACGAGCUAAGGAGACAGUUCUACUCAACACACCCUAACUAUCCAGUACACUUGUCAUACUCAGAACACUCCGAGAGUGCAUGUGAGAAGUGGAUAAAAGAGAGAAAGGUGGCAGACAGCCGAGAGUUGGCAGGCAGCCAAGACUCGCUAUAUUCUUUUGAGUUUGAGUCGCUUGAUAAAAACAUUUGGGAAGAGUUUGAGGAUAUUAGAUACAAUUGUGAUAUAUCUGACAUAGAUAUCCAUGACACUUAAAUUUUGAUAAGUGUAUACAUUUAUAAAUAAUUUAUUAUUGAUCAAAAUAUUGUUAAUGUCUAAACUUGAUAAGAGUUUUUUGUGUAGCUACAGUUCCAUCUGUUCUUACUAAGGAGUAAGGAAGGUCCAUAUUUUUAGUAUAUAAUGUGGCUAGGGGCGACGAGUUAUUAUUACAGUCCCGUUUGAUAUGUCAACAUUUCAUGGGCGAAGAAAUUUUCUGAGCGGUAUAAAUAUUGAAGAACUGGUUGGAUAUUUUUAACUAUGAUGUUCAUAAUAAUAUAAUCAGCGUUAGGCUGGGACAGUCAAAAAGAUGCGAAACUUCAAGUGUAUGUGAAUAGUCCGGGUGAAUGACACCUCAGGUAUUCCUGUAGUGUCAUCGUCCGAUUAGUCGAUUAAACCUCUUUAAUUCAACACAAUGAGAAUAUAUAUAAUAUAUUAUUAAGAAAUGUGGUCCCUGAUUUCAACUAGAUUAUCUAACCUUUCAUUUUUCUCUGUGCUGUUGGUAAGUUUCCAAGUGUUGUUAAAUUUUAUACAUUUAACCGAUUAAAGUAUGAAAAUCAGUAAAACUCGAUCUUUAGAAGUAUAUAUAAAUACAUUUGCUAGCUGUGUUUC